AUGUCACCAUCACUGCAGGCGAUAGCAGACUGUUACGAUGAUGUUAGUGCUGAUGAUAUACUCUUCUGUACAAUUAACAUGCAUCGAAUCUGUAUGGGCGCACUGCUCUCCUCGAAAAUUUCAAUCAACGAUUAUAUUUUCGCGCAUGUUACGGGCCAAAAGAAGCUUCCUUCACACUGCUUAAGAGUAAACAGUAAGGUUUUUUUUUAAUU